AUUUCACAUUUGGAUGCUUGCAGACAAACUCCUUCAAUAAUGACAAGACAUGAAAUAAAAAAUAAAAAGCAAUAAGAUUAGAAUACCACUAAUUCCAGGAUACUGCUUUUUGAAUAAAUCAUUCUCUGCACUUUCAAAAGAGGUACUACACCACUCUUCGUUUUUCCAUUAUAAAAGCUCAGCAACCAUUACCUGCUAUCAAGAACUUCAAAAUACAAGAGUAGUAGUGAACCUGAGAAGUAACAAUGGCUGCAACACUCUUAGCAUGUGAUCCUGCAGAUGAUGAUUACAUUGACAUGGAAGUGAACUCAUACUCCAACUUCUUCUGCCAUUCUCAUCAAUCUUAUCCACAGCCUAGAGAAUUUGAGUUUCAAAUGUCCUCCAUUGUUCAAGAGAAAGAAGCAACAACCUCACCAGCUGAUGAGCUUUUCUACAAAGGAAAGCUUCUCCCUCUUCACCUUCCUCCUCGGUUACAGAUGGUUGAAAAACUCCUUGAAAACUCAACCUCUCCUUUUCACAAAGAAAAUGAUACCUUUGAUGAGUUCUUCAGCACUCCUCUGGCCACCACCUACACAACACCAAUUGCUGGCACCCCAUUUGAAUCCUGCAACAUCUCUCCAUCAGAUUCUUGCCAAGUUAGCAGAGAAUUAAACCCUGAAGAGUAUUACAACCUUGCCUACCCCACAGAUACCAGUGAUGGAUUUGUUGUUGAAAACCAGAAGAAGUCGUGGAAGAAGAAACUGAAGCAGUCUUCACUAGGUUCCAAGUUGAAGGCUUCAAGGGCUUAUCUCAAGUCUUGGUUUGGAAAAUCUGGUUGCUCAUAUGAAACCUAUGCAACCUCAACCAAAGUUGCAGAUGAAGGAUCGGUUUCAAAGGCCAGGGAAAUUUUAAACAAGCAUGUGCAAGUGGCAAAGAAGAACCCUUAUGGCCAAAUUCACAGGGACAGAUAUCAGUCUUCUGAUUCUGUCAUGAGAAGCUACAAAGAGAAGACAAGUGAGGAUGGAAGUAACCAGCACAGAAGGUCUUUCUCUGUCGGCAUAAAAAUGCUUCCAGGGAACAAAUCAUCAUCAUCAUCAUCAUCUUCAUUUAUGUCUGGUUCAACUUCGUUUUCAUUUUCAAACAAAUCUUAUGGAUGCCAAGCUCGCCAGCUACUGAAAAGGUGCAGCAGUGCAAAUUCAGAGAUAGAAAAUUCAAUUCAGGGAGCAAUUGCACACUGCAAGAAGUCUCAGCAAGUGUUCUCUUCAAAGAACACUGCAUCUAGAACCUCAGUUUGUGAGGAUCAUGAGAGGGUAGAGCUUUGGAGGGGUUGAUGAGGAAAUUGAAGAGUAGUUUUUGCUUAUUUUGUAUUCUUCACACAUUGUCUUUCAAUUCAAUAGUAACUUUGGUGAAAGAUAGCUUCAUUCACCAGCACUAAUUUUAGAAACACUCAUGGUUAUCAUGAUGAUGACUACAGAAUGAGAUUCUUCUGAAAAUAAAAUUCCAACUUUGUACUA